AUUAGGAACUCCAAGUCAUAAAAUAUAAAAAUGAAAAACACGAAUCAUUUGCAAAAUAUUUACAACUCUAAUCAACUGGAAAAAAACCUUUUGCCUUCAAUAAAAUUUGAUCUCAUGGAUGAUGUUUUGAAACUCAAUUUAAAGAUGUGUAAAUGACAUUUUCCGAAGAUAUGAGCUAAAGAAGAGAGUUGUAUGGACUUAAAAUUUUUAACCAUGUUUAAAGUAGCAACAAUGUGUUGGAGGGACAGAAAUUCACGCGCAAAAGAUUUUGGAUGCAAUGAUGCAGAUCUUGAUGCUGUGUUAGAAAAUAUAAAUUUACUUUUGAAUGAUAUGGAAGAGGAUUUAAACUCUACAGAGAGUAACCCUACGCAGUGUGAAGCAAAUAAAACAAAAGAAUCUAUCCCAACAAUUAGUCUCGAGUUGUCAAAUGAUGUCUCUACUCCGUCUCUAUUGUCUGAAAGUAUGAAAAAUGACUUAUUAGUUUCUUCACCUGCAUCUUCAAAAAAUUUAAAUCAUAAACUGAAAUCCAUUCUGUCACAUCAGAAUUUUAAACAAAAACUUAAUGACCAUAUGCCACAUGAAAUACCAUAUAGAAAUAUAUUGCGUUCAAAUAGUAAAGUGGAAAGAAUUUCAAGUGAGCCUGUAAAUCCUACAGCUUUAAAAAAUUUAGAACAAAAUGUAUCGAAUCUUACUUUAAAUGGACGAGAAUCUUUAUCAGCCAAUAGUUCUCCUGUACUAAAUGCUACACAAUUGGAAGAAAAGUAUAACAAAGCACCGCGCUUGUCUUUAACUGACGCAGAUAAGUUUGAUGUGUCAAUAUUAUGCCCUGAUGGUGUCGUGUUUAAAGCUGAUGUGUAUAAGGCAUGGACUGCUUUCCAAAUAGCAUGGAAAAUUGCCCAUGUCAAAGGUAUCCAUGAGAAGCUUGCAAUAGUUAUUGAGGAAAAUAUAGGAGAUCUUUUCCUUGUUAGACCUAUUGAAGAUCAUGAAAAAGUUUACUCAGUUGUCAAAAAAUGGGCGCCAUCUUCUAACAAUUCUCUCUCUAUGGUGGAGAGGCUAGAUAAAUAUGAUUUGUUUAAUGAACCAAAUGUUUAUUUGCCACAAGAGAUGUGUGAAGCAAAUAGUUCAACAGAAGUAGAUAAAAAAAGUUUGCUUCUUGGGUGUCUCGUAUCAUCUGAAAUUCCUCUUUCAAUGCGGUAUGCUAUUCUAAUUAAAGAUUUUGACAAGAAAGUUUGGCUUAAAAAGUUUUUAUGGCUUAAAGAAUCUUGUCUAUACAUAUCUGAUGCUGAAGGUGGAGAUAAUCUAACUAAAAUCUUUGACACAAAAACUUCAUGUUUAUUUCAUUGUCUUCCUGAGUUUUCUAGAGCACACAAGUCUCCUACACCCUACUGCUUUUGUGUUGUUCCCGAUAUUGUAACAGAGUGGAGUGAAAUUAAAUGCUUCUGCGCUGAAUCAGAUAUGAUUUUAACAGGAUGGUUUACAGGAUUUCGAAUUGCUAAGUAUGGCCAACAACUUUACAUGAAUUUUCGAGAUGCAAUGAAUAAAGAGGCAAAUCUUAGACGCACAAAUGUUGCUCGCCACAGUUUACUUUUUAGACGUCCGCACUCUGAACUUGAUGAUUUAAUCGACAACAAAGUAGCCCUAGAUUUUUCCGGCUCUAAUAGUCGCAUAAUAUCCAAUCCUCUUGAAUUGAUGCGAGUACAAAAUGAAAUCGCAUUUGAAAUUCCAAAAACAUCAAAACGAAUAUCAGCAACCUUCUCACCAGUACUUGCUCGACAAAGUUUACUUCAAAAUAAACCAUGGUAUCAUGGAAAAUGUAAUCGUGAACAAUCACAACACAAACUCAAACUUCACGGGUUAAAAAAGGGAAUGUUUUUGAUUCGUGAAAGUUGUACAUCUGCUGGGAAUCUCGUUUUAACAGUUGUCACACAAAAUAAAAAAAUAACACAUUACCAAAUUUUUCAGAGUUUCUCUUCCGGCGUUUUGUCGUAUAGUAUUGAAAACGGACCGCAAUUUAAUAGUCUCGAUCUGCUUAUUGGUUCAUAUCAUUCUGGUUCCGUAGAAGGUGUUGAUUUUGUUCUUAAAAAACCAUGUCCGUCUUAGUAAUAUAAAUUCUAUUAAUAAAAUUAUAUUUAUUAAUAAAACGCAAAAAUCUUCGGACUUAGAUAAAUAUACCUGAAUAAUAUAAUUACCGUUGACAAUAGAUUUUAAAGAUUUCUCCAAUUAAGAACUGCUAUAAUUUUUUAUAUAGUUUAAUUAUUUAUAUAAAUAUAUAUAAAUGUACAUAUUUUAUUUACGUUUUUUUAUUUUAUUAACUAUACAAUAUUUGUGUGAAUAAAAGCUAUAAGUAACAACGAUAUUUUGUGUGAAUAAAAGCGAUAAGUAACAACGAUACUUUGCUAACGUUUAAAUUUAUUGCUUUCUUAACAUUCUUAUACACAAACUAUUCUAAAAUGCCAAAUAAUUUUUCGUGUCCUUGUAAAUCUUUAUUCUCAAAUGUUUUGAAAUUGAACAUUUGUCAAAAUAAUCAAAUAAUCAUUAGUAAUAAUCUUUGAAAAAAUGUUUCUGAAUAACAAAAUAUAUUUGUUCAGUCUUUUUUCUUUCAUUUUCAGUUGAUGAGUGGGUAUGUGGUCAUUUGUUUUUAACAGAAACAGAAGGGCUAUGAGGGAGGGCGCAUUGAUUGCAGUAGAAGCGUAUUGUAAAUUGAGAACAACCCAAUACAGUUAUAACAUCUUAUUAAUUACAAAAUUAAAGUAGAACAAUCAAUUUAAAAUUAAUCAACAUGUGUUUCAACUUUACAACAAAUUAGGCAAAAAAUGUACCGUUGCGGUGAGUGGGUGGUGAUGCGUAGUGGCGAUUACAAGAAAAUAAUUAUUCAAAAUUCAAACAGGUUUGCGUAAUUCUCGUAUUUAAAUGACAUGUUUUGAUAAAUCUUUUAUUACAUGUUGACAAGUUUUGAUAAAUAUAUUGGUUUUUGAUUUA